UGGGCGAAAUUCAUUCAAAUUGACCCGGAAGAGGUAAACGCAAACAGACGAACGUACGAUAUGGCAGCGCACACAGUUCUCGAUGGAGCGGAAAUUCACGGUGAGCUGUGUGAUGAUGUACCUGAGCUGUCUGACAGUGAUGAUGAACAGUGGCUGCCAGUAGAGGAGGGAUCUGAAGUGUCUGUCCUGUGUGUGCUGUGCCACAGGACUCUCGGCUCAGUUUCUGAAACAUUACAACACUGUAAGACAGACCAUGGUGUAGAUAUUCCAGACCUUGUCAAAAAACAUAGACUUGAUGAUUAUGGGUAUAUAAAGAUGAUAAACUAUAUCCGAGGAAAUAAAUGUUCUGGAGAGAGUUUGUUGACUGUUUCAAAUGGCUCACUGCCAUGGGACAGUGAGGAAUAUAUGAAGCCAGUCUUGCCUGAUGACCCUUUACUGCAGAUAGAUGUGGAAGAGCUAAGUGAAGUUACAGUUGCGAUGUUGAGUCCCUCAUCUAAAGAUCAGGUAUCUGUGCUGCUUCAGACAGCUAGACAUGCUGAAGAAAGAGCUCACAGAGCUGAAGAAACUCUAUCUCAAGCCUUGGAAGAUCUGAACAAACUCAAAUUGCUGGCACAAGGUCUAGUGCUGAAUGCAGACACAAGCCAUGGCCCUUCCAGCUUUGGGCCAAUUGCUGAGUUGAGAGAUGAUGAAGAUGAGGCCUACUUUAGCUCUUAUGGGCAUUACAGCAUUCAUGAGGAGAUGCUGAAGGACAAUGUGCGGACUGAAAGCUAUCGAGACUUCAUGUACUGCAACAUGGAUGUCUUCAAGGACAAGGUGGUGCUUGAUGUUGGUUGUGGCACAGGAAUCCUUUCCAUGUUUGCAGCCAAAGCUGGAGCCAAGAAGGUCAUCGCUGUUGACCAGUCAGAGAUCAUUUACCAGGCAAUGGACAUUGUCAGAUCAAAUAAACUUGAUGCCACAAUCACACUGAUCAAAGGGAGAAUAGAAGAAAUAAACCUGCCUGUGGAAAAAGUGGACAUAAUUAUAUCAGAGUGGAUGGGUUACUUCCUGUUGUUUGAAUCAAUGCUGGACUCUGUACUUUAUGCGAGGGAUCGGUACCUUGUCGACGAUGGCUUGGUGUUUCCAGACCACUGCAAUAUCAGCCUGGCAGCGGUAGGGGAUAUUCAGAAACACAAUGAUCGCGUUGCCUUUUGGGAUGAUGUUUAUGGCUUCAAGAUGACUUGUAUGAAGAAGGCUGUGGUGCCAGAGGCAGUAGUGGAGGUGCUGAAGCCUGAGACAGUAAUUUCAGAAUCUGCAGUUGUUAAGACUAUUGACUGUGGUACUGUGACUGUGUCUGAGUUGGAGUUUACUGCAGACUUCACCCUGAAAAUAAGGCUCAGCACCUUCUGUACUGCCAUCGUGGGCUAUUUUGACAUUUUCUUCGACAAGCACUGCGGAAACAAGGUUGAGUUCUCCACUUCUCCAAACUCUCCUAAGACCCACUGGAAACAAACAGUGUUUAUGCUAGAGAGUCCAUUCUCUGUCCAAGCUGGAGAUGAACUUCCAGGUCAAAUUACAGUACAUAAGAACAGAAAGGACCCCAGAGCACUGCUGAUCACGCUGGACCUUGCUGGUCAGAAGCAAACCUAUAGCCUCCAAUGAGAACACGUUUUAUUGGAAAAAUGUCAUACAUUACAAAGCAUCUGUUCACAUUACUUAAACAAUUUAUGUAAGAUAGAGCUGAAGCUGUGGAACGCUUUUAGGCUGUUCUCACUUAGACAAAAUGUCUUGAUGUUUCUAAAUGUUACAGCUAUUUGAGAUUUUAGAAAAUGAAAUUCAAAUGAUAUUUUCCUCUUUCUUUAAAUAAUCGCACAUCAAGCAAAUAAAUACUUUCAACGAUCUCUUGA